AUGAGGAAGAAACGACGCCGAGUUGAAGGGCCACGACUUUGCACUUUACGCUAUUUAGCCUUUCUGGGACACGGCCAAGUGAAGAGAUCGCUCGCUGGCAAAAUGUUUGAAAGACGUUUUGAGCCAACGAAGCAACAUGACACUCUUCUUGGUCUGAUAAACGUCUAGUAGGUUGCGAGAAAGGACAUUUCUGUAGAGCCCCAAUUUUGACCUGGGCAGCCAUUUGCGUUCUUGAGACGAGAGCAGCGCGUUGAAAAGCUCUUUUGCCAAGCGCAUUGCCCCAACCUUCUCAAUCCACACUUUUAUAGACGGAAUCUUUUAUCUAACCUGGUCAGCAAUCUCACAAGAUGGUGCAACUUAAGCUACCGCAGCAUCCUCCCAAGGUUUUGGUUUUCUCAGACUUUGAUGGCACCAUCACCACACAAGACACGGGAACGCUGUUGAUUGACCAUUGUAUGGGCUAUGAGAAUCGAAGAGCAUUAGAUGUCCAGAUCCUAGACGGAACACUUUCAUUCCGAAGUGCCGUAGCUGAAAUGUGGAAUAGUGUCGACCUGAACUGGGAGGAGGCCCUUAGACUCUUGAAAGAUGUCAAGAUUGAUUUAGGAUUUGAAGAGUUUCACCACUUUUGUAAUAUACAAAGGAUUCCAUUGGUGGUUCUCAGCAGCGGUCUGAGCCCAUUAGUAAAGAUGUUCCUUCAAGGAUAUGCGGAAAACAACGAUCUUAUGGAAAUCCUGGCGAACGAUGUUAUUAUUAGUCGGACAGGAGACACCUCCAAGUGGGAAAUCGUGUAUCGUGAUGAGAGCUCUCACGGACACGACAAGAGCUUGGCCAUUAAAGCCGCCAAAGAGCAAUACACGUCAAACCCGCCCUUGAUUGUAUUCGCGGGUGACGGAGUAUCGGAUAUAUCUGCAGCAAGAGAAGCGGACAUCGUUUUUGCCAAGAAAGGGAAGGAUUUGGAAAAGUGGUGCAUCAGAGAGUCAGUGGAUUAUAUUCCGUGGGAAGACUUUAGGACCAUUUUGCAUGUCGUAAAGGCAAAGAUCAGCGCAUGACUGUAGAAACAGCAUCAUCUGCACUGUGUGUAUUUAGACCCAACUAGUGAUCUUUGUCCGCCACAAACGUGGACAACAUAUCAGCAAAAC